AUGGACAAGAUCCUGGAGGGCCUGGUGAGUUCUUCGCACCCGCUGCCCCUAAAGCGGGUGAUCGUGCGGAAGGUGGUGGAGUCGGCGGAGCACUGGCUGGACGAGGCGCAGUGCGAGGCCAUGUUUGACCUGACGACCCGGCUCAUCCUGGAGGGCCAGGACCCCUUUCAGCGGCAGGUGGGCCACCAAGUGCUGGAGGCUUACGCGCGCUACCACCGGCCGGAGUUCGAGUCCUUCUUCAACAAGACGUUCGUGCUGGGUCUCCUUCAGCAGGGCUACCACUCGCUGGACAGGAAGGACGUAGCCAUCGUGGACUACAUUCACAACGGCCUGAAGCUGAUCAUGAGCUGCCCGUCGGUGCUGGACCUCUUUAGCCUGCUGCAGGUGGAGGUGCUGCGGAUGGUGUGCGAGAGGCCGGAGCCGCAGCUGUGCGCCCGACUCAGCGAGCUCCUGACCGACUUCGUGCAGUGCAUCCCCAAGGGCAAGUUGUCCGUCACCUUCUGCCAGCAGCUGGUUCGAACGAUAGGCCACUUCCAGUGCGUGUCCACCCAGGAGAAAGAGCUGCGGGAAUAUGUUUCGCAGGUGACAAAAGUGAGUAACUUGCUGCAGAACAUCUGGAAGGCCGAGCCCUCCACCCUGCUGCCUUCUCUGCAAGAAGUUUUUGCAAGCAUUUCCUCCACAGACGCAUCGUCUGAACCUUCCGUAGCCCUGGCGAGCCUCGUGCAGCAUAUCCCUCUGCAGAUGAUCACGGUUCUCAUCAGGAGCCUGACUACUGACCCGAAUGUCAAAGACGCGAGCAUGACCCACGCUCUUUGCAGAAUGAUUGACUGGCUGUCCUGGCCAUUGGCUCAGCAUGUAGACACAUGGGUGAUUGCACUCUUAAAAGGACUGGCAGCUGUCCAGAAGUUUACUAUUUUGAUAGAUGUUACUCUACUGAAAAUAGAAUUGGUUUUUAAUCGCCUUUGGUUUCCUCUCGUGCGGCCUGGCGCUCUUGCAGUCCUGUCUCACAUGCUGCUUAGUUUCCAGCACUCUCCAGAGGCAUUCCAUUUGAUUGUUCCUCAUGUAGUUAAUUUGGUUCACUCCUUCAAAAGUGAUGGUCUGCCUUCCAGUACAGCCUUCCUAGUGCAGUUAACAGAACUGAUUCACUGUAUGAUGUAUCAUUACUCUGGAUUUCCAGAUCUCUACGAACCCAUCCUGGAGGCAAUAAAGGAUUUUCCUAAGCCCAGUGAAGAGAAGAUUAAAUUGAUUCUCAAUCAAAGUGCCUGGACUUCUCAAUCCAAUUCUUUGGCAUCUUGCUUGUCUAGACUUUCUGGAAAAUCUGAAACUGGGAAAACUGGUCUUAUUAAUCUAGGGAAUACAUGUUAUAUGAACAGUGUUAUACAAGCAUUGUUUAUGGCCACAGAUUUCAGGAGACAAGUAUUAUCUUUAAAUCUAAAUGGGUGCAAUUCAUUAAUGAAAAAAUUACAGCAUCUUUUUGCCUUUUUGGCUCAUACGCAGAGAGAAGCAUAUGCACCUCGGAUAUUCUUUGAGGCUUCCAGACCUCCAUGGUUUACCCCCAGAUCACAACAAGACUGUUCUGAAUACCUCAGGUUUCUACUAGACAGGCUCCAUGAAGAAGAAAAGAUCUUGAAAGUUCAGUCCUCACACAAGUCUUCUGCAAAUCCGGGAUGCAGUGAAACUUCUUUGCAAGAGGUAGUCAAUAAAGCAGCUGCCCUCACAGAGACCCAUUGCACAGGUGAUGGUGAGAAGACACUAAUUGAAAAAAUGUUUGGAGGAAAACUACGAACUCACAUUUGUUGUCUGAACUGCAGGAGUACCUCACAAAAAGUGGAAGCCUUUACUGAUCUUUCACUGGCCUUUUGUCCUUCCUCUUCUGUGGAAAACUUGUCUUUUCAAGAUCCAGCAUCAUCACCCAGUAUACAAGAUGAUGGCCUAACACAGGCCAGUGGGCCUGGUCCUUCAGAAGAACCAGGAGCCUGUAACCUGUCAGCAGUAGCCAUUGCCUGUGACUCAGCCGUGAGCGAAGGAAUGGUUGACAGUCCUGAUGAGUUCUGUCCUGAGGACACUCCUGUCCCUAGUGACUUGAGCAAGAUGCUUGUUAAUAAAGAUGUACCUCAGAAACCCGGAGGUGAAACCACACCUUCAGUGACUGACUUACUAAGUUAUUUUUUGGCUCCAGAGAUUCUUACUGGUGACAACCAAUAUUAUUGUGAAAACUGUGCCUCUCUGCAGAAUGCCGAGAAAACUAUGCAAAUCACAGAGGAACCUGAGUACCUUAUCCUUACUCUCUUAAGAUUUUCAUAUGAUCAGAAGUAUCAUGUGAGAAGAAAAAUACUAGACAAUGUGUCACUGCCACUGGUUUUGGAGUUGCCAGUUAAAAGAACUCCUUUCUCUUCGUUGUCAGAAAGUUGGUCUCUAGAUGCUGACUUCACUGACAUUAGUGAGAAUCUAGCUAAAAAGUUAAAGCCUUCUGGGACUGAAGAAGCUUGCUCCCCAAAACUGGUGCCCUAUCUCUUGAGUUCUGUGGUCGUUCACUCUGGUGUGUCCUCAGAAAGUGGGCAUUACUAUUCUUAUGCCAGAAACGUCACAGGAACAGAGUCCUCCUGCCAGAUGUGCCCCCAGCCUGAAACUCUGGCGUUUUCCUCCUCCCGGAAUCACUUACUAGGGAGAGAUAGUCCCACCACAGUGAUCGAACAGGACUUGGAAAAUAAGGACAUGUCAAAAGAAUGGUUUUUAUUUAAUGACAGCCGAGUGACGUUUACUUCAUUUCAGUCAGUCCAGAAAAUUACGAGUAGGUUUCCCAAGGAUACAGCUUAUGUACUUUUGUAUAAGAGACAGAACAGUACUAAUGGUUUAACUGGUAAUAAUUCAACCACUGGACUCUGGGUAAAUGGAGACCCACCUCUACAGAAAGAACUAAUGGAUGCUAUAACAAAAGACAAUAAACUAUAUUUACAGGAACAAGAGUUGAAUGCUCGAGCCCGGGCCCUACAAGCUGCAUCUGCAUCCUGUUCAUUUCGGCCCAAUGGGUUUGAUGACAACGAUCCCCCCGGAAGCUGUGGACCAACUGGUGGUGGGGGUGGAGGAGGAUUUAAUACGGUUGGAAGACUCGUAUUUUGA